AGCCUGAACACGGAGCAUACAACACGCUCACCGGGGGCGCUGCUGCUGCUGCACCCACCUCCCUCUCUCUCUCGCACGCACACACGCACUCAAUCCCCUCACACUCCACCUCACACCAGCCGCACGCGCGUCUACCUCCUCCUCCCCCCCCCCCCCUCCCCUCACAACCAUGCUUGUAGCUGCAAAUCAGAGUUGCAAAGCAAGCACCGCCAGGAUAUAGACGCGUGUGUGUGUGUGUGUGUUUGCGUGUGCGUGCGUGUGUGUGUGUGUGUGUGGGGAAUGUAAUAAAGUGCCUUUUAACGCUAUAUUGAAUAAAGCUAAGGAGUGUUGCGUGUGUACCAACACAGAUGGCACCUGUGGUGGUGCCUGUGUGGUGGUGUCGUCGACCACAGGGCCACAGAUGGGCCAGCCUCCUGUAGGCACUGAGUGCCAACUAGGCCCCAGGCACUGUGGUCUUCCUGUAGGGCUGUCUUACGCUCGGUCAAGGUGAAGGGCUUAUAACUGUGACGCUGUCGCGGCUGCUGCUGGGAGAAGCUACAGGUACGGGUCCCAGGCCAGUGCUGCAUACUGAAAGGUUAAUGUGAAGACCUUCAAGACCCAGGACGUUCUCAGCAACCAGGAAUGAGCUGUCAUAGUUACAAGGAGGUCAGCAAGGUGAAAAUGUGCGCCCCGCGACGGAUGGCGCCGACGUGGUUCACACUAGUGGUAUUGUGGUUCACGACGCCACUGGUCUUGGCCGCAGUGGCUCCUUUGGAUAUAGAAGUGACCAUUCCACCGCUGCUGGAGGCCCAGCCCCCGAAGGAGGAGGUACUGUUUACUGUGAACCACGACCCGGACCAGGCACCGGAGCCCUUCACUCUACCGUGCCGCGCCGACGCACUCCCUGAGCCCAGUUACUACUGGUUGAAAGAUGGAGAUAAGUUGGAUCUUCAAGACGGUGAGGAAGAGAGAGGUCGAGUAGAGAUGAUUGAAGGAGAAGGCAGCUUAAUCUUCCACGACCCGCGCCCUGAAGACGAAGGAAGCUACCAGUGUAUAGCUGAGAACUCUGUCGGCGUGGCGCACAGCGAAGUGGCCACCGUCAGGCGCUCCGUUAUGGGUAACUUUCCCAAAGCUGAGCCGCGGGUAGUCACUGCUACCUUGGGACAGUCGCUUAGUCUACCCUGCACCCCUCCAGACGGGUACCCGGAGCCCUCAGUCCACUGGGUAAUCCAGACGUCUGACGGAGGUCUGCGAAGUCUGAACUCUCCGCGUUUGACGGUGGACGAGCAGGGGACGCUAUGGUUCAGUUACGUCACUCCGGAAGAUGCCUCCGAGGACACCCUCUACGCCUGUGCUGCUUCCUCCGCCACCAGUGGGCGUCAGAUGUACUUGGUGGAGGACGAGGAGGGCCGCCUACAGGUGGUGGACGAGCUGCCUGUUACAGACAUCGUUACCAGCUUGACAUUGCCGACUGAGUACCGGAUGGGCAACUGGGUGUAUCUGAACGUCAGCUUCCCAGGAGACGACAAGACCACCCUCCCUGAACAACACCUGCCUCCAGUCCUCCAGUACGUCAGCGACCGCGAAGUCACCGCUCUAGAAGGCGACGAAGUCAAGCUCUACUGCGUCUUCGGUGGAUACCCGGUGCCAGAGGUACGCUGGUGGAGAGAGAGCCGGGCCGAUGUAGAGACCAAUAAGCUGGAGCACUUUGGUAAGACCCUGGUCCUCGACGACGUCUCCGAGGCCGACAUGGGCUCCUACUCCUGCCAAGCCACUAACGACGCAGGAGAGAGCGAGACCCAGCACUUCACCGUCUAUAUUGAAUCGGCGCCAGAGUUCGUAGUGGAGCCGGAAGUGACCAACUUGCCGCAAGGGGAGACUGCCGUCUUCAAUUGUGAAGCCAGUGGUGACCCGGAACCCACCAUCACAUGGACUAAGAAUGGUGACCCCAUGGAGAGUCAUGAUACUACAGUGAUGUUCGACGCCCUGGCACUAGACAUGAAAGCCACCAUCGCCUGUAACGCGUCCAACAAGCACGGCUACGUCUACAAGAGCGUCUACCUGAACGUUCUCUCCCUACCGCCGGAGUGGCUGACGGAGCCCCAGGACGUGGUCGUGCUAGAGGGCCUGGCCGCCACCUUACACUGUGAAGCCUACGGGUCCCCUGACCCCAACAUGACGUGGGUCAGGAUCGACGGAGACGAACGCGUCGUCAUCCACGACGAGGACCCCAGAUACCACGUCGACGACACUAAACUCGUCAUAAGAGCUGUGGACAAGGACACGGAGGGUCACUACAUCUGUAUCGCCACCAAUAAGUUUGCGUCCUUAGAGUCCCAAGUCCACGUUGAUGUGAGGGAGAAAACGGAAGCUGAGGCCAGCCUUGUAGCGGAGAGAGUGGAGGCCGGCGACCAUGUCUCCUUAGACUGCCGCAUUAAGAUCGACCCGCAUCUCAACCCAACUGUGACUUGGUUCAAGGACGACGUCCAACUCGACCUUGAAGACGAUAAUUUCCACCUUGGACGGAGGGAAGACUUCCACAGCGAUGAAAGUGGCCACCACGACUCUACCGACGACCACGACGACGGAGACGACGACGACGACCGCCAAGAAGAGACGUGGGUGCUGGAAAUCAUGAAAGUCCACGGCGACGACUCUGGGGUCUACACCUGCCGCGUCCACACCAGCCUUGACGAUGUCUCUGACGACCUUAUCCUCACCGUGGAAGAUGUGCCAAACCCGCCACACCUGACUACUGGGCGGUGUGGAGCGAGGGAAGCCUUCCUGGAGUGGUCUUCAGCCGGUGACAACAACGCGCCUCUUCAAGGGUUCGUAAUCCAGUACGUCACACCCUUCCACCCCGACCAGUGGAAAGAUGCCAGAAACAAGAUUCCAGCGUCGUCAACUUCCUUCUCAGUGGAUAUGAGCCCCGGUCUGAACUACACCUUCCGCGUCCUGGCUUUCAACCGUGUGGGCAUGUCUCGUCCCAGCGACGACACUGCUCAGUGCUACCCUCCAGGACUACCUCCUGACCAUCACCCUAACAAUGUCUCUGUCACUGGCACUGCCCCUGGCACUCUCCUGGUCUCCUGGGAGGUGAUACCACCAGAGGAACACAAUGGUCCAGACUUUCACUACAAAGUCCUCUGGCGCGCUGCCGACGACACCAAGGACGACCACGGUGCUGGAGACGACGACGAGGACGACGAUACAGCUAUCACCCAUGCUGAAGACGAUGCGAACGACGACACCACUGAAGGUGACGACGACAUUGAACACGAGGACGACAACCAAACCUGGCACAGUAUAAAAUUCGACGACUGGGAGAGAAGCGAGGCGGAGAUAGCAGACCUGCCGCCUUACCAGGAGUACAAGGUCAAGGUAGAGGCCCGAAAUGCUUAUGGUCCUGCACAAGUCCCCCUGCUGGUCCUCACCGGCCAUUCCGGCCAGGAUGUACCGAAGAACGAGCCUGAUGGCCUCCAAGCAGCCGAUACUGACGCCACAGACGUGGUCCUCACCUGGAACCCUGUCGACGAGGACUCCGUCAACGGUCUCCUGCUGGGCUACAAGGUGGAGUACUGGGAGGACGACGACGGAGAUGCUGACGACGACGACGACGAUGAAGUGCUCCAGCAGGUCCUCACGACAGGACCUGUGGGUCGGGCCGAACUGACAGGCCUCAAGCCCUUCAGAGAGUACCGUGCUCGGGUCAGCGCCGUCAACUCUGCCUUCAGCGGCCCCACCAGUGCCACCAUAUCCUUCAAGACUGCUGAAGGAGAGUCGGGGCCGGUGUCGAAUCUUAAGGCUAAACAGCUUAGUGACGAUAGCCUACUGGUGAACUGGGAGGAGCCGGAGGAGCCCCACGGAGUGGUGAAAGGCUACGAAGUUCACUACACGACACUGAGAGAGGACGGGCAAGAAGGUCCUGUGACCCAGUAUGACGAAAGGCUUCCUCCCUCGGUUACUCUAGUCAAGCUCUCGGACCUAGAGCCGAGUUCCACCAUCAGGGUGACUGUAUCAGCUGUCAACGCUGCAGGCCAUGGAGAAGGGUCGUCAGUAGAGGUGGAACUGGAGGAAGCAGAGCCCUUGGUUCCUGCGGUUCCAGUAUUCACCUGGUCGAUCUUCAAGGAGGGCGAGGCGGAACGCGGCGUCGACACCGACGCAGACGGUGACGUAGAUGACGCCGACCUACGAAACAAGAACGUCAUCCUCGGCGACACUGACGGCGACGGCGAUAUCGACAGGGACGAUGUCUUGGAUACCGACAACGACGGUGACAUCGAUGAGGAUGAUGUCGGUGUAGCUGACAUCAAUAAUGACGGUGUUAUUGACGAGGAAGACGUCAAAGCUGCUGACAGGGACGAUGAUGGUGACGUUGACAUAGCUGACAUCGGCGACGAGGAUGGCGACGGUGACUUCGACGGGUCGGACGUCUUGGCCGCGGAUGACGACGCCGACGGUGACAUCGACGCCUCAGACGAGGACGAGGAGAACACACUAUUAGAAGACAGAGACGAGGAUGGUGACAUAGACAAGGAUGACGUCGUAGACAUCAAUCAUGACGGCAUUGUCGACGACGAGGACUUCAGGGCCGCAGACGUAGAUAACGAUGGAGAUAUUGACGAAGAUGACGUAAAAGCCGUAGAUAAAGAUGGAGAUGGUGACAUAGACGCGGCUGACUUAACUGACCUAGAUGGAGAUGGACGAGUUGAUGGUGAUGACUUAGAGGUGAUGGAUAGAGAUGGUGAUGGUGAUGUAGACGCCACAGAUUACAUCCUCAGAAGAACCUUUCUCACUGACGUUGAUAAAGAUGGUGAUAUAGACGUAAAUGACGUUCUCGACACAGAUAAUGAUGGUGACAUAGACGCAGAUGAUCGUGCAGUUGCUGAUAUUGAUAACGAUGGUGAUGUCGAUAGUGAUGAUGUAGAAGCAGGCGACCGAGACGGAGAUGGUGAUAUCGACGCCGCAGACAUCGGAGAUGAAGAUGGUGAUGGUGAUAUAGACGGCCAAGAUGUUCUUAAAGCGGAUGAAGAUGGUGAUGGUGAUAUCGACGCUAGUGAUGACAAUGAAGAAGAUUCUCUCCUGGAAGACCGUGAUGGUGAUGGGGAUGUUGACCGCAGUGAUGUUAUUGACCUGGAUGGUGAUGGGGACAUCGAUUCAGAGGACUUCGCUGCCGCCGAUAUCGACGACGAUGGUGAUGUUGACAUGGAUGAUGUCAAGGUGGCUGACAAAGAUGGUGACGGCGAUAUUGACGCAGCUGAUGUGACUGACCUUGAUGGUGACGGUAAAGUCGACGGAGAUGACCUUGAAUUUGAAGAUCGGGAUAAUGAUGGUGACAUUGAUGCCAAGGACUUCACUUUCAGGAAUACUUUACUCGCUGACACGGAUGGUGAUGGUGAUGUGGACCAGGACGACGUUCUUGAUGUAGAUGGUGAUGGAGACAUUGAUGGUGAAGACAUUAAAGCCUCAGACAUUGAUGAUGACGGGGAUGUUGACAUGGAUGAUGUCAAACGCGGUGAUAAAGAUGGUGACAACGAUGUCGACUCCUCAGACGUUCGUGACAUUGAUGGUGACGGCUUCGUCGACGAAGAUGACCUUGAUGUGGUGGAUAGGGAUGCUGAUGGUGACAUAGAUGUCACAGACUUCGACCUCAGGAAGACGAUUCUCGGGGACACUGAUGGUGACGGCGACGUUGACAAGGCCGACGUCCUCGACACAGAUGGUGACGGCGACAUCGACCAGGAGGACAUUGAUGUAGCGGACAUCGAUAAUGACGGAGAUGUAGACAUCAGCGAUGUCCGAGCCGCUGACAGAGACCAUGAUGGUGACAUAGACGAAGCUGACAUCGGUGAUGAAGAUGGUGAUGGUGAUAUAGAUGGAGAUGACGUAAUUGCCGCUGAUGAGGAUGGUGAUGGUGACAUAGAUGCUGCCGAUGACGAUGGUGAAAGUAUCCUUCUAUCCGAUUCUGAUCGGGAUGGUGAUAUCGACCGUGACGACGUCACUGAUCUUGAUGGUGAUGGUGAUGUGGAUGAAAGUGACCAUAACGCCGCAGAUGUAGAUAAUGAUGGUGAUGUUGAUGCUGAUGAUCUCAGAGCCGCUGACAGAGAUGGUGAUGCUGAUGUGGAUGCUGCAGACAUCGUCGACGUUGAUGGUGAUGGAGAUAUCGAUGGGAAGGACCUUAUCGCUGCUGAUAAAGAUGGUGACGGAGACAUCGACACGUCAGACAUUCAGAAUCUAGACGUAUUUCUCAAGGACACUGACCACGACGGCGACGUAGAUAGGGACGACGUCCUGGAUACGGAUCAUGACGGCGACGUCGAUGACGACGACGUAUCAGUGGCAGAUAUCGAUAACGAUGGCGAUAUCGACUCAGACGAUAUCAUUGCUGCCGACCGCGAUGGCGACGGUGAUGUCGACUUCAAAGACAUCGGGGAUGAAGAUGGAGACGGCGACAUUGACGGAAGUGACAUCUUGGCUGCGGAUAAAGAUGGUGAUGGUGAUAUCGACGCUGCCGACGAAGGUCGAGGGGUCGAUAUCCGCGUCGACUGGAGACCCAACUUUGAUGAACAUCCAGGUGUCGACUUUUAUGUUCAGAACAGGGUGAAGGGAACUGAACACUGGAAAUCGUCGCCGGUGGAGCGGGCCAACCUCCACCAGACCAUCUCUGGUCUGGACCCUCGGAGGACCUACGAGAUCAGAAUGGUGGCCAAGGACGGGGACUUGGAGACGCCCUCGGAGAUCGUCAUCAUCCCUUCCUCAGAAGAACAAGGCGGCAAGUUAACAGCGAUCACAGAAUGUACCGAUGUGGAAGGUCCAGCCGGUGACUCUGUCUACUGUGUGGUACACAUAACACAACCAGCUGAGCAAGUGGACUCCCCGCCACAGCCUGAAGACCACCCCAGUCCACCACUCUACCAUCCCGAUCACCUGGAGACUAUCCCAGUUGACGAAACUAGCCUCUCUGAAACUCUAGAGUCUCUGGACGGAACGCCUAGCCACUCUGACGCAGCCCCAAAGCGCAAUGGAGGUUACACUAUGGCCGAAGAUAACAUUGCUCUCGCUGAAGUGAACUUGACAGCGGAAGACUACGACUAUGAUUACACCUCUGAAGACCACUAUCCUACUGGGAUAGACGGCACCAAUAUUUUGGACUACUGGCAGUAUGGGUCCCAUCCCGGGGCCCACGAGCCCCAAGCCCCCCGUCCUGGUCACGCUGGUGACGUCCACAGGGAUAGGAACCUCACCUCAACAGAGGAUAGUGAGAACGAUCUGGUGCCACUAGAGGAUAAAGACGACCUCGUCCCUGUAGAGGAUAGAGAGGACGACCUCGUCCCUGUAGAGGAUAGGGAGGACGAUCUCGUGCCUCUAGAGGAUAGGGAGGACGAUCUCGUGCCUCUAGAGGAUAGGGAGGACGAUCUCGUGCCUCUAGAGGAUAGGGAGGACGAUCUCGUCCCUGUAGAGGAUAGAGAAGACGACCUCGUCCCUGUAGAGGAUAGGGAGGACGAUCUCGUGCCUCUAGAGGAUAGGGAGGACGAUCUCGUGCCUCUAGAGGAUAGGGAGGACGAUCUCGUGCCUCUAGAGGAUAGGGAGGACGAUCUCGUGCCUCUAGAGGAUAGGGAGGACGAUCUCGUGCCUCUAGAGGAUAGGGAGGACGAUCUCGUGCCUCUAGAGGAUAGGGAGGACGAUCUCGUGCCUCUAGAUGAUAGAGAAGACGGCCUCGUCCCUGUAGAGGACAGAGAAGACGACCUCGUCCCUGUAGAGGACAGAGAAGACGACCUCGUCCCUGUAGAGGAUAGAGAGGACGACCUCGUCCCUGUAGAGGAUAGAGAGGACGACCUCGUCCCUGUAGAGGAUAGCGAGGACGAUCUGGUGCCACUGGAGGAUGGAGAGGACGAUCUCGUUCCACUAGAGGAUGGAGAGGACGAUCUCGUCCCUGUAGAGGAUAGUGAGGACGAUCUCGUCCCUGUAGAGGAUAGUGAGGACGAUCUCGUUCCACUAGAGGAUAGAGAGAACGAUCUCGUCCCUGUAGAGGAUCGAGAGGAUGAUCUCGUCCCUGUAGAGGAUAGAGAGGAUGAUCUCGUCACUGUAGAGGAUAGUGAGGACGACCUCGUCCCUGUAGAGGAUCGAGAGGAUGAUCUCGUCACUGUAGAGGAUAGAGAAGACGAUCUCGUGCUACUAGAGGAUAGGGAGGACGAUCUCGCACCACUAGAGGAUAGGGAUAGUGAUCUAGAUCGUGUAGAGGAUAGGGAUCUCUCUACUGUUGAGGAUGUUGAUGGUGAGCUCUAUAUUCCGGUAGAGGAUAGUGAUGAGAGCUUUGCUUCAGUGAAAGGUGAUAGUGAUGUUCCAGUAGAGAGUGGUGAUGGUGGUUCUCCAGUAGAGAGUGGUGAUGGUGAGAGUCCAGUAGAGAGUGGUGAUGGUGGUUCUCCAGUAGAGAGUGGUGAUGGUGAUGCUCAAGUAGAGAGUGGUGAUGGUGGUUCUCCAGUAGAGAGUGGUGAUGGUGAUGCUCAAGUAGAGAGUGGUGAUAGUGAAGUUCCAGUAGAGAGUGGUGAUAGUGAUUCUCCAGUAGAGAGUGGUGAUGUUCUAGUAGGGAGUGGUGAUAGUGAUUCUCCAGUAGAGAGUGGUGAUGGUGAUUCUCCAGUAGAGAGUGGUGAUAGUGAUUCUCCAGUAGAGAGUGGUGAUAGUGAUUCUCCAGUAGAGAGAGGUGAUAGUGAUUCUCCAGUAGAGAGUGGUGAUAGUGAUUCUCCAAUAGAGAGUGGUGAUGGUGAUGUUCUAGUAGGGAGUGGUGAUAGUGAUUCUCCAGUAGAGAGAGGUGAUAGUGAAGUUCCAGUAGAGAGUGGUGAUAGUGAUUCUCCAGUAGAGAGAGGUGAUAGUGAUUCUCCAAUAGAGAGUGGUGAUAGUGAAGUUCCAGUAGAGAGUGGUGAUAGUGAAGUUCCAGUAGAGAGUGGUGAUGGUGAAGCUCAAGUAGAGGAUAGUGAUGAGGGUUAUGCUUCAAUAGAUAGUGACGAUGGUGCUACUCCAGUUGAUGGUGCUGAUAGUGGCGUCUCACCAGAAGAUAGUGAUGGCGAUAUUUACGCUCCACUAGAGGAUAGUGAUGAUAGCCUCGUUCCACUAGAGGGCAGCGGUGUAGAGGUCUUGGCCCCAGGAGGAGGCAGCGAUGGUGACGCCACUAGCACAAGGCCUUGUAGUAAUGAUGACUACUACACAGGUGAUGGUGAGGACCACAUGACAACAGUGAAUAGUGAUGAGAACGACUCUCAUACCUCGGAUGAUGGUGACACUGACCGCCCUCCCGUCAAAGGCUGUGCUAACGAAGACUACUACGACACGGAGAGCCCCGAUGGUACACAGCUGGACUUGACAACAAGCGACGAGACCAACUUGACGGAAGCCAAGCUUGACGACGAGGGCGUCAGAGUGUCUAGUGAGACUACUGCUCCUGGGGAAGGCAGUGACGAUGAUGGGUACUUCCCGCGCACAGACAGUGCCAGCGAGGAAGUACAACCCGCAGAAGACACUGAGACACACUUGUCCAGUACCGACCAGGAACCACAAUUGGUUGAUGGAGAAAUAAGAGAUUAUACUGAAGAAGCGGACGAUCCCUAUUUUGCUAUCGAUACUAUGGGGGAGGAGCAGCCGAGUGGGGGAGCGGACGAUGGGUCUAAGACUUCCAGCAGUGUGGAAGACGAGGAAGUGCUGCCAGUCUUCGGAAAAGACGAUGAAAGUUAUGAUUUUGGUGUCGGUGUACAACACUAUACAACCCUAGAGCCUCUCCAUGAGUAUACUGAUAGCCAGCCAGCUCCGGCAAGUCCACACGACGACGAUAUUUCAGAAAAUUCCAAGAUUUAUCCUGUCAAGAUUGGCGAAGAGUCGGUAGCUACCGGAGCAACAGCCGAGGAGGAGGGAGAGUAUAGAGACCCCAGUGAAGGGCUCAACUUCACUACCCCCUUACCAGAUGUACCAAGACAGGUACCAGGUGCUGCAUCAGCUGAUGUUAAGCUUCCCUUACCAGACUUCGAGGAACCGACAGUGGGCGCGGUGAUGGAGGAGACGAACCCCAUCUUGUGGACGUGGUUCAUCAUCGCCGUCAUGGUGGCUGUCACUAUGAUCUGCAUCGUCUUCUUCUCCAUGUGGGUCUACAGUCAACGGUUGGCACGGGUGGCGGAGCUUCGCGCGGCUCUGUACGAGGGAUACGAACCCGCCCAGCCUGAGCCCGUCAAGAAGGAGAUCGAUGUGGAGGCCGCCAAGCUCCCGCCAACCCAGGAAGACGCUGUUGAGGACGAGAUGACGGCCAAUUACCAGCGGAAAGAGAACCGGAGGUCUUGGUACCACGUGCAACUGGCGGCAAUGAUGAAGCGACAGGAAACUGUGCAAAGCGUCGACUCAUUCGCGUCCCACGAUGACGACUUCGCUGAGUACGGGGACGAGAGUAUGGCUAUUGACCUGCUCAGUUCGGUAUCGCUGGUAACGAACCCGAGACACCAGAAGCCUCCUCCAGCCCCGCGCACCUGAACACCCUCCUGCAGGUCGCUUCACCGAUGAUGGCUCACUAAUCUAUCAGAAGGUGUGAGACGGCCGCGUUACUUCAUCUCCCGGCACCAGCAUCUGCCUGGUGAAGUCAAGGACGUCACCACAGCUGCCUGGUGACCAGAGGCCCGCCACAGCUGCCGUGUCACCACUACUCACCACCACUCCCACUGUCACCACCACCUUCACCAUCACCCACUCCUCGUGGUUGGCUAUGUGCUUCAAUGGGCUUCCUUAUUAUUUCACCAUUCACCAUUUUCUAUGACAUGUACACUGUUCUUCAGUCAUAAAAAAAUAUAUAGUAAAAUCAAAUUUGUGAAUGUAUGAAAAGACACUAUGUAUUUUAUAGUAUUUAUCUGUAUUUUUGGAUGUAGUGAGUGGAGGCAUCUGGAUGUGAGAGUAGUCGUGGGGCAGCUAUUGCACUAGACGAGAACACACAUUAUAAACAGUGCUGGCUGUGGACAUUUUGUACUGUGUAUAAAGAAAGGAAUUUGUACAGCAAACACAAUAAUGUUUAGAAUAUACAGAACAAACGUCGUGAACAUCUGUUUUAUGUCUGUCUUGGAGAACACUUAACUGGACGACUGAGAGGCUUAUAGUGAACUGUCGCCCAAGUUAAUGUUUAUUUAAUGAAAUAUUACAUGAACAAGUAUCCUGUCAAACGUGAACAUUCAGCAGCAGCGCAUACCUCGACCAUCCACACUUAAAUAGUGGCUCCCGGAUCACUUUCCAGGAAGUUAACUGAUCCUGGACUAGUAACAGUUCAUCAGUGGCGCCCAGACUGUACGUACUCUUCGAUACUAAGCAAGUUACUCCAGACACAGUGACCAAUAACAGCAGCGGUGUUGUUCACGCGCCACUGUGUGAAAGCGGGCAGGUGUUGGUGGCGUCCUGGAGCCAGUCAGACGGAUUCUGGUUGCGUCCUGGAGCCAGUCAGACGGAUUCUGGUGGCGUCCUGGAGCCAGUCAGACGGAUUCUGGUGGCGUCCUGGAGCCAGUCAGACGGAUUCUGGUGGCGUCCUGGAGCCAGUCAGACGGAUUCUGGUGGCGUCCUGGAGCCAGUCAGACGGAUUCUGGUGGCGUCCUGGAGCCAGUCAGACGGAUUCUGGUGGCGUCCUGGAGCCAGUCAGACGGAUUCUGGUGGCGUCCUGGAGCCAGUCAGACGGAUUCUGGUGGCGUCCUGGAGCCAGUCAGACGGAUUCUGGUGGCGUCCUGGAGCCAGUCAGACGGAUUCUGGUGGCGUCCUGAAGCCAGUCAGACGGAUUCUGGUGGCGUCCUGGAGCCAGCCAGACGGAUUCUGGUGGCGUCUGGAACCAGCCAGAAGGAUUCUGGUGGCGUCUGGAACCAGUCAGACGGAUUCUGGCGUCCUGGAACUAGCCAGGCGGUUUCUGGUGGCGUCCUGGAGCCAGCCAGAGUGAGGUGGUCGUUCGCUGCCCGAGGCGCCGACCCAACAUCCAGGAACCUUUAAUACUCACCAUAAAUGUCAACUUCUUGUGUCUUCAAGUUCACAUUUGUACCAUUUUCUAUUGUAAUACCUCAGUGUUUUUGUGUUUCUUAAUUUAAGUUGUAAUUUGGUAAAGGGAUGUAACAGUUUCUAAUGAUUGUGAAACCGAUUUAAAGUUCAUCGUAUCAAUGGGUAAUAGAAUUUUAAUAAGAGAUUGGGAUUGGUAAAUGUUCAUUAAUCUAAAAAUGCCCAGUUAAAUGUAUUCAUAGUACAACCGGAUCAUUGUUUUAAAUGUUACCAUUACUGCACACUUGACCCAGCAAACUGUUAUUUCUGAGCGUUCAUGAGUUGUGUAUUGUGGACUUGCCAUGCCAGUGUGGAGACCUGGGGCCAGA